AUGGAAGCGGAGGCAGUCAGUCCAUGUGGAGGUCUUGCUAUCCUUGCUUCUUGUAACAAGAAAAAGCAAAAUAUUGUGGGGCAAGGUCCUUUUGUCGAGACUACCCACUCAUACUGCAAAACCCACUCGAGCAAGAAAGAAGCCCGAGAAACACAUCUGCCGCACUCACUCAAUGCCCGCUCUGUGGAGGAAGAAGGUGUCGUCAAGAAAUUCGCCGAUGCUCAAGGAAGAAUUUGCAUAUGCCUCCUAUGCAAGUCCCAGGACCUUGCCGUGAGCCGCAGCAUUAACGUUAGCUACUCUCUGCUUCGUACCUGCACAUACAUGUAUAGCGUGCAAGCACCGUCGCAAACCCCCCCGCCGACACCUGAGUAA